CCUUGCUGGAUGCCUGCGUGUCUGAGCCGUUACCCUCAUGAAGCACUCCCACACGACGUAGCUUUUCAGCGGAUCUGGGAUGUGGGCCGACAGCCGAAGUUUUUUUCGAGGCAGAAAAAACACGUAGCCGCCCCGGGUACGUUUUUGAACGGAGUGAUAUUGACUUUUAAAGGAAAGAAAAAUGAAACUUGACUAGAAUUUGGUGACGAAGCCUGACCUGCAGUAGACAGUUUAGCUAACUUUGGAUGGCGUGUUGCUAUUUUUUUUUGUUCAUCCAGCUCAAUCCAAACAUAACACAGAGGCGCUGAGGGGGAUCGGAAUUUACCGGUGACAAGGGGGAAAGACAAGAAGAUCCCCACUCGUUACAUGGAGCAACCUUACUGUCCCUGCUUCGUUUUCAUCACAGUCGAGAUUUGAAGACUGAAUUCGAUGAAAAGCACCUCUGGAAGGGCACACCUCAGACUUUUUCUCCCUUUUACUUCUGCUUUACUUUUGAAGCUCAACUCCAACUAUGGCGAAAAAGUAUGAUUUCCUUUUCAAACUGUUACUCAUCGGGGACAGCGGAGUGGGCAAAACAUGUCUGAUCAUUCGUUUUGCUGAGGACAAUUUCAACUCCACAUACAUUUCCACCAUAGGCAUCGACUUUAAAGUAAAAACCAUUGAAGUGGAUGGAAAGAAAGUGAAACUACAAGUCUGGGACACAGCAGGGCAGGAGAGGUUCAAGACCAUUACAACAGCCUACUACAGAGGAGCCAUGGGCAUCAUCCUGGUGUACGACAUCACAGACGAGAAGUCCUUCGAAAACAUUCAGAACUGGAUGAAGAGCAUCAAAGAAAAUGCCUCAGCUGGAGUCAGUCGAAUGUUACUAGGUAAUAAGUGCGACAUUGAAGCAAAGCGAAAAGUUUCCAAGGAGAUGGGAGAAAAGUUGGCAAAAGAUCAUGGUAUCAGGUUCUUUGAGACCAGUGCAAAGUCCAGCAUUAAUGUGGAGGAGUCUUUUCUGUCUUUGGCACGUGACAUCUUACAAAAGUCCAGCAAGAAACCAGGCCCCACAGGUCGAGAGGUGAAAAUCACAAGCAGUACAGAGAAAAAAUCUUCCAAAUGUGUUCUUCUCUAGAAAAGAUAUUGACCAGCACGCAUAAGGAAGCCCCAUACAAAUUUAAGAACGCAUCAUUAUUACUGUGGAGAAAUACAGCACAGUAGGGUUUCUGUCUCCAUCUGGUGGGCUCGAAUGUCACAUACACGCCGGUGCUAAAAGUAUGUUUUUAUACCAAACUACUGGUGUUCCCCACCAUGUGUAGUUAACAUAAACAUUUGUGUUUCUGCCAAGUAUUUCUCUGGCUUAUCACCACACUAUCAUCAACACUGCAACACUCACUGCUUAACGUCUUAAAAAAGGAACUAUGUUUUUAAAUAUUUUUGGGCUGGUUAGCUUUGUAAAAAUCCUCCUCAGAUUAACUGAAGCAGACGUGUUUUGAUUCACGUAAAGUACACCCUUGUCAUUUACUGUUCAUCUUAAAUUGAAGGAGCCAUAGGUAUCUCAUAGAGUCUGUUAGAUAGUUUAAAUAAUGGGCAGAAUUGGUAAAUUUAUUAAUGUCAGAAAAUGUAUUUGGCUACCAAUUUCUGAAAUUCUAUGUAUUUUUAUGAUAUAACACAUAGGCGUAGGUUUCGUUUGAAUAGUGGGUGUGGGAGGCAUCAGACAUUUCAUUUCCUGCAUUCUGAUGAAUUUCUAUGCACCAAUUUGUGCCUUUUCUGUGUUAACUCGUGGUGGAUAAAGUCUGGAGUAUAGUGAGGUAUAAUACAGUAAGGCCCUCAGACAUGCUUUCAAACAUUUAUUCUCCUUGUCCUUUAAAACUGAUGAGAUGUUUCCAUGGUGUACAGUAUUUUCAUGCAUUCAAUGGAAUCUACAUUAACAGAUGCCACAAAAUACUAAAGAGAGUCGAAACCAUGGGCGUCUUAUGGUUACAUCCCAUGAGAAGUUAAAAACUCGCUCCUCACAUUAGUGGAUUUCACAAGCCGCGGAUGUCUGUCGUACGGAGUUAAAUCUGACGCAAACACUGGCAAUAAACAAGCUUUGUUUUAACAGGUGAACUGAUUGAGAAUGUGGGAGAUAGGAACAGAGAUCAGUGCAAUAUGAGAAGAUGAGUGGAGAGCUGAAAGAGUGAUGGAUAAUGCAAGUGAAUGGACAGGAUGUGAGGGAAGCAGCGGCGGUUUUUGCGUUUUGAAUUGAUUUAUCUGAAGUGCCUGGUAAAUUUCUUACUAAACACAUGACACGACAGUCUCCUUUUACAAGCAGUUUCAGAUCAUUCGACUGAUUCUGAUUGUAGGUGCUCAUCUGAUCCUGACAGAUAAGAUUUAUUUCCUGUAUCUACUGUUUUAUGCAUUUGUUUCACAUUCUGUCACUUUUUAGACCUGCCACAAGACUUUGUACGUAAUUUACCGACCUGUCGCUUGCUGAAUUAAACCUGAUGAGUGUGUUGGA